GUGAGGCGCCGGCGCUGGGGUGGUCGCGGCCCGGGAGCUCGUGGCGAAGCCGCGGGACCCCUGUCUGUGCGGGCCGUGGGCGGCAAAGGCGGGCUGCAGAUUACUUCUGUAACUGGAUGACCAGUUUGCUCCACAAAGGACAAUGUCUCGAUCCCGACAACCCCCGCUUGUGACAGGCAUUUCUCCAAAUGAAGGAAUACCAUGGACAAAGGUCACAAUUAGAGGAGAAAACCUGGGGACUGGCCAUGCCGACCUCAUCGGCUUGACUAUUUGUGGACAUAAUUGCCUCCUGACAGCAGAAUGGAUGUCUGCUAGUAAAAUAGUAUGUCGAGUGGGACAAGCCAAAAAUGACAAAGGGGACAUUAUCGUCACAACCAAGUCAGGUGGCAAAGGAACUUCAACAGUCUCUUUCAAGUUACUCAAACCUGAAAAAAUAGGCAUUUUGGAUCAGUCUGCUGUUUGGGUUGAUGAGGUGAAUUAUUAUGAUAUGCGUACUGACAGGAAUAAAGGAAUUCCUCCCCUUUCUCUACGUCCUGCUAAUCCUCUCGGCAUUGAGAUUGAAAAAAGUAAAUUUCCCCAGAAGGACUUAGAAAUGCUGUUCCAUGGAAUGAGUGCUGAUUUUACAAGUGAGAAUUUUUCAGCUGCCUGGUAUCUCAUAGAGAAUCAUUCAACCACCAGUUUUGAACAGCUCAAAAUGGCAGUCACCAACCUCAGGAGACAGGCUAACAAGAAAAGUGAGGGCAGCCUGGCCUGUGUGAAAGGGGGUCUCAGCACAUUCUUUGAAGCACAAGAUGCCCUUUCAGCUAUCCAUCAAAAAUUAGAAGCGGAUGGAACGGAAAAAGUAGAAGGAUCCAUGACACAGAAACUGGAGAAUGUUCUGAACAGAGCAAGCAAUACCGCAGACACGUUAUUUCAAGAAGUAUUAGGUCGAAAGGACAAGGCAGAUUCCACUAGAAAUGCACUGAAUGUGCUUCAGCGAUUUAAGUUUCUUUUCAACCUUCCUCUAAAUAUUGAAAGGAAUAUUCAGAAGGGUGAUUAUGAUGUGGUUAUUAAUGACUAUGAAAAAGCCAAGUCACUCUUUGGGAAAACGGAGGUGCAAGUGUUCAAGAAAUAUUAUGCUGAAGUAGAAACAAGAAUUGAAGCUUUAAGAGAAUUACUUCUGGAUAAAUUGCUUGAGACACCAUCGACCUUACAUGACCAAAAACGUUACAUAAGGUAUCUGUCCGACCUUCAUGCACCUGGUGACCCUGCUUGGCAGUGUAUUGGAGCCCAGCACAAGUGGACCCUUCAACUCAUGCACAACUGCAAAGAGGGCUAUGUGAAAGACCUGAAAGGUAACCCAGGCCUGCACAGUCCCAUGCUAGACCUUGACAAUGAUGCACGUCUCUCAGUGUUGGGCCAUCUUGGUCAGACAGCGUCACUGAAGAGGGGCAGCAGCUUUCAGUCUGGCCGAGAUGACACAUGGAGAUACAAAACUCCUCAUAGGGUGGCAUUUGUUGAAAAAUUGACCAAGCUUGUUUUAAGUCAGCUGCCUAACUUCUGGAAACUCUGGAUUUCAUAUGUUAAUGGAAGCCUUUUCAGUGAGACGGCUGAGAAGUCAGGCCAUAUCGAAAGAUCAAAGAAUGUAAGACAAAGACAAAAUGAUUUUAAGAAAAUGAUUCAGGAGGUAAUGCACUCCCUGGUGAAGCUGAUCCGUGGGGCCCUGCUCCCACUCAGCGUCCGGGAGGGAGAGGCGAGGCAGUACGGAGGCUGGGAAGUGAAGACGGAGCUCUCGGGACAGUGGCUCACCCACGUCGUCCAGACCGUGAGGCUUACCUAUGAGUCAUUGACUGCCCUUGAGAUUCCUAAUGACAUGUUACAGACUAUCCAGGAUCUCGUUUUGGAUCUCCGAGUACGUUGUGUAAUGGUCACAUUGCAACACACGGCAGAAGAAAUAAAGAGAUUAGCUGAAAAAGAAGACUGGAUUGUUGAUAAUGAAGGACUGACUUCUCUACCAUGUCAGUUUGAACAGUGUAUUGUACAUUCCCUGCAGUCACUAAAAGGAGUUCUUGAGUGCAAGGCUGGAGAGGCCAGUGUCUUUCAACAGCCUAAAACACAGGAGGACGUUUGCCAACUAAGCAUCAAUAUCAUGCAGGUUUUUAUAUACUGUCUGGAACAAUUGAGCACCAAGCCUGAUGCAGAUGUAGAUACCACACAUCUCUCUGUUGACGUUUCUUCUCCUGAUUUGUUUGGAAGUAUCCAUGAAGACUUCAGCUUGACUUCUGAACAGCGACUUCUGAUAGUCCUGAGUAAUUGCUGCUAUCUAGAACGUCAUACCUUCCUAAAUAUAGCAGAACAUUUUGAAAAGCACAACUUCCAGGGAAUAGAAAAAAUAACACAGGUUAGCAUGGCUUUAUUGAAAGAACUAGACCAAAGACUCUUUGAAAAUUACAUUGAGCUGAAAGCAGAUCCCAUCGUUGGCUCCUUAGAACCUGGUAUUUAUGCAGGCUACUUUGAUUGGAAAGACUGCCUGCCUCCAACAGGUGUCAGAAACUAUUUAAAAGAAGCAUUGGUGAACAUAAUUGCUGUGCAUGCUGAGGUGUUCACUAUUUCCAGAGAACUGGUGGUUCGGGUCCUAGCCAAGGUGGUGGAAGCGGUCUCCGAGGAGCUGAGUCGACUGAUGCAGUGUGUUUCCUCCUUCAGCAGGAACGGAGCAUUGCAGGCAAAACUUGAAAUCUGUGCUUUGAGGGAUACUGUGGCCGUUUAUCUGACACCUGAGAGCAGGUCCAGCUUCAAACAGGCCUUGGAAGCCCUGCCUCAGCUCUCGAGUGGAGCAGACAAAAAGCUGCUGGAAGAGCUUCUGAACAAGUUCAAGAACAGUAUGCACUUGCAGCUCACCUGCUUCCAGGCUGUUCCCUCAACCACGAUGAAGACAUAGAUAACUGCAAAAUAAGGGCAGUCCAGAAGGAUAACAAGUAAUGAAACUGUUCAUUCUCUUAAGUGCCCUAAAGGUAUUUGGUAUAUAAAUCACUGGGUUCCCAAUUUCUCUCUCUCUCUUUUUUCCCCCCAGCUUGGUAGCUUUGAAAGAUGUUGGUAUAUUUUUAUUUCAGCCCAAAUGACCUUCAUUUGAAAUGCCCAAGCAGUACUUGUUUUUCAUUAGGUCCUCUGUGACUAUUUAAAAUAUGUCUUAAAACACAUUUUUUUCUUAGCUCAGUGUUGCCUGGUGAGUGCUGUGAGGAGUCUUCUGAGGCGGCACGGGUGUCUUCUGACACAUUUCUCAGUGUCUCUCCUUUUCGAGUCUAGUGUCAGCAGCUGACAAGACUCAUGGAGAGACAGAUAAGAGAGUAGUGCAAAGUUAGGUUUAGAUAUCUUUGGAGCUUUAACUGCCCUAAACUGUACUUAAAAACCUUUUUCAUACAAACAGCCCUAAGUCUCCUAGUUCAAGUGUGUUUUUAAACAAAUUUGUGAUCUCAUUUAAGAAAUGUUGUGAUUGGGGUGGAUUAUUGUUGGUCCAGAUGUCCAUGAAUUAACUUUGCAUUUUUCUGUCUGAUUUUUAUUUUUCGCACCUUCUCGGUGUAGUUUUUUCUGUUCGCGCUCACUCUUUGUUUGGCUGGUGUCACUUCACAUUCCUGAAGAUUGACUGUGUGUAGUCUGGAUGCAGCCCUGUGCUCCCAGGCACUGCUGGGGUGGCCGCAGUCUCCAGUGUCCCUUAUAGUGCCAGCCAGGCCUGGGGAACAGCCAGCGCUCCUGCCUGGUGCUGUCUGCUCCUGCCCUUGAGCACUCUGCUUCUCCUGCCACCUCUUUCCCUUUGAGGUGUCUUGCUCGGGAGCUGGAAGAAUGCUACACUGGCACCAUCUGUGAUUUCUGGAGACUCGGGGCGCUCCUUGGUCCUCAGGCAGAGCGAGCUGUAGAUCAGCCAUGCACAUCUGUCCUGCACUGACUCCUGACAGGCAUGGGACAGGUUCCAGUCACUGUGACCUCUCUCCAUGUCACCUUCCCCCAUCUAACUCCAUCAUACCAUUGGCUUCUGAAGACAGUAAUUCUCUCUUUGUAGUCUACUUGUGAGGGUUUUCAAAGUUUUCCAUAGAACCUGCUUUUUUAAUUGCUGAAAUUAAUGUUUUUAUUAUUAUAAGUAAUUUUAGAGCACAGUAUAGCCAUAUACAGUACCCAUUAUUUGAAAUAAGGAAAUGUUGUGUUUGUUCAUUUGGUGUAUAGCAGGGAAAUCAUAGUAACUAGAAGUGAAAGAUUAAUCUUUUACAAAUGUGCUUGAUAAAGCUGUUAAGAAAUAUGCAGAAUAUUGUCUCUCCUGAGUGUGUUAACCAUUGUGUCUAACAUGACUAUGAACUAAAUUACAAAAUUGCAAUCUGAAUGCUUGUGUUAUUUUAAGUAUCUAGUACAGUACAUUCAGCAAAUAAAGAAUCUGUCUUCAAUGUAA